UACUCUUCCUCCAAAGAGUACUUUGGUUUCUUUCUACACAAACGGGUUUGAUAUAUAUAUAUAUAUAUAUAUAUAUAAAUAUAUAUAAACUAUUCUUCCUUCCUUUUUCUCUUUCUAAAGUGCAAAGUUAAUACCAUAAUGGAGAGAAAAUUGCAAUGGAUUCUGGUUUUAGCAGUUUGUGCUUCAUCACUCAUUCAUAUUGUUGCAGAGAACAAUGAAGGGGCUCACAGGAACCUUGCUAAUAUUGAUUAUUCAGGUGUUAUAAGCAUUGAUUGUGGGGUAAACGAGGGCUACACUGACAAGACGACCAACUUACAAUAUGAAGCAGAUGAUAUCCAAUUUGGUGAAAUUUAUAACAUAUCCUCCAUUUACAAUUUUAACUAUGUAACUCAGAUUCAAAAGCAGCUCAACACAUUGAGAAGUUUUCCUAAUGGAAAAAGGAACUGCUAUACUAUGACUCCAAAACAGGGAAAGAACAAGAAGUAUAUUAUCAGGGCUUACUUUGCAUAUGGAAACUAUGACAACAAAAAUAAACCACCAAUUUUCGAUUUAUAUAUUGGUGUCAAUAUCUUCAAGACAAUAAACUUCACUGAGGUUGAUAAGGUUAUCCGAAUCGAAGCUAUUCAUUUUGCCUCAAUAGACACAAUAGAUUUCUGUCUUGUAAACAUCGACCAAGGGGUACCUUUCAUUUCAUUAUUGGAACUGUGGCCUUUAGACAAUUCUAUUUAUCAAACUUCGUCCACUUUAUUAACAUUGGAUCUCCUCACACGAAUUAACCUUGGUGCGUCUGAAGAUAACAAUUCCUUCAUCAGGUACACGGAUGACAUAUAUGGAAGGUCUUGGGAAGUACAAAAUAAUUACUAUAACGUUUCAAUUAAUACAUCAUCAGCUAUUGAUGUGGAUAAACUCAUCGAUCCAUACAAACUACCUACAGAAGUUUUGAGCACUGGAGUGGAGAUGUUAAAGUCCGGUUCAUUGGAAUUCACACUAAACUAUGGCACAAAUUCUGAGUAUUAUGUGUAUCUUCAUUUUUUUGACUUUGAGGAUAGGGCAAGUAAACAAAAACGGAUAUUGAAUAUCAUUAUUAAUGGUUUUGAUGAUGCUGUUAGUGUCACACAAUCCCUUACACUUCCAUACUGGAAACCCAAGAGCAUAAUUCUACCUAUAAAACAAGGGAAAGGCAUUUUUAAGAUAUUGAUUGAAGCCACCUCUGAUUCUGACUUACCUGCCAUGCUUAAUGCUCUUGAGAUAUACAGAGUAAUACCUCAGUCUGAUUCUGCCACUCAACAAGAGGAUGUUGAUGCUAUCUGGCACAUAAAAGAUUUUUAUAAGAUCUCUAAAAUGAAUUGGCAAGGAGAUCCCUGUGAACCAAAUAGUUUUACAUGGGAAGGUGUAAUUUGCAGCAAUGGGGACACUCCAAGAAUCAUUUCAUUAAACUUGAGCUCAAGCAAGUUGUUAGGUGGAAUAGAUGUCUCAUUCUCCAACCUCACAUAUUUGGAGACUUUGGAUUUGUCAAACAAUGAAUUGACAGGGGAGGUGCCAGAACUUUUUGCAAAACUGCCACAAUUAAAGAUCCUUAAUUUGUCAAGGAAUAUGCUCACAGGUUCCAUUCCUGAGAGUCUAAAGGCAAAGUCAUCAAACAAAUCUUUGCAAUUGAGUUUGGAUGGAAAUCUUUGUUCCUAUCAGGCAGGGUCGUGCAAGAGCAACAAACAUAAGUUUAUUAUCCCAUUGGUUGCAUCUAUAACAACAUUUGUUGCAGUGGUCAUCAUAAUAGCUAUCAUAGUUGUGGUGAUCCGGAGACUUAGAAAAAAUGGUAAAGUGAUUUCUUCAAUUUCUGUGAAAGAUGAGUCACUGAAAUCGACAAACCAAGUAUUUUCUUACUCGGAGAUCCUUAGAAUCACUAAUAAUUUCACAACAAUGAUUGGAAAAGGUGGAUUUGGUAAGGUUUACCUAGGUACAUUAGAGUGUGGCAAAAUUGUUGCCGUGAAGACACUUUCUUUGCCAUCAACACAAGGGUAUAAGGAGUUUCAAUCAGAGGCAAAAUUGUUAAUGCAUGUUCAUCAUAGAAACGUGGUUUCUCUUGUUGGAUAUUGUGAUGAAGGUGAAACUAAAGCACUUGUUUAUGAAUAUCUAUCAGAAGGGAAUCUCCAGCAAAAAUUAUCAGAUAAAAAUCCAAACUUUUUGGAAUGGAUCCAAAGACUUAAAAUUGCUAUGGAUGCAGCAAAUGGAUUGGACUAUUUACAUAAUGGAUGUCAGCCACCUGUAAUUCACAGAGACUUAAAAACAUCCAACAUCUUACUAGACGAAAAUAUGCAUGCCAAGAUAUCAGACUUUGGAGUGUCUAAAACUUUUGCAAACGACACUGACACUUAUGUCACAACUUACCCAGCAGGCACACCGGGUUACGUUGAUCCUGAAUUUUAUUGCUCUGGAACCCUGAAUAGAAAGAGUGAUGUUUAUAGUUUUGGUAUAAUUCUACUUGAGCUAAUUACUGGUCAACCAGCUCUAAGAGGAACUCCAGACAAUCUCAGUUACAUACUUCCUUGUGUUAACAAUAAACUCAGAACAGGAAAUAUCCAAGAAAUAGUCGACCCAAGGUUGAAAGGGAACUACAAUGCUGCAUCAGCAUGGAAGUUUAUAGGGAUAGCCAUGUCUUGUCUUCCCCAAGUUCCAAUUCACAGGCCUGACAUUGGCCACGUAGCCUCAGAGUUAAAGGAGUGUUUGUCUCUCGAAUUGUCACUAGAAAGGACUGUGAGCAAUGUGAGGGAUUCAUUGGUCAUGAAUUCUAGACAGAUUGAAUUCCUUAAUUAAGGAUUAAAAGUGUAAAACUUAGAUACAAUAUCAUGCUACUGGUGAUAUUAUUCUGAGCAGAAUUGAUGUUUUAUUUUAAUAGUACACAUUAAUAUUUAAUA